AUGGCAGACUCGGUGCCCAGCAGGAUUUCGCAAAGCUCCUGCUCCAAUGAGAUCCUGGGCCUGAAGCUGCCGUCGGAGCCGGUGCUGAAUGCCAACACGGUGUGCCUGACCCUGCCGGGGCUGACGCGGCGGCAGCUGGAGGUCUGUGUGCGCCACCCCGACGUCACUGCCUCGGCCAUCCAGGGCAUCCAGAUCGCCAUCCACGAGUGCCAGCACCAGUUCCGGGACCAACGCUGGAACUGCUCCAGCCUCGAGACCAAGAACAAGAUCCCCUACGAGAGCAUCAUCUUCAGCAGAGGCUUUCGGGAGAGCGCCUUUGCCUAUGCCAUUGCAGCUGCUGGCGUGGUGCACGCUGUCUCCAACGCCUGCGCCCUCGGCAAGCUGCAGGCCUGCGGCUGCGACCAGAAGCGCCGGGGCGAUGAGGAGGCUUUUCGGCGCAAGUUGCAUCGUCUCCAGCUGGAGGCCAUGAACCGUGGCAAAGGCAUGGUGCAUGGGGUGCACAUGGAACACAUGCCGGCCGAGACCCCUGGCCUCCAGGACUCCUGGGAAUGGGGAGGGUGCAGCCCUGAUGUGGACUAUGGGGAGAAAUUUUCCAAGGAUUUCCUCGAUUCCCGGGAAACCUACAGGGACAUCCACUCCCGCAUGAGGCUGCACAACAACCGCGUGGGCCGGCAGGUGGUGAUGGACAACAUGAGGAGGAAGUGCAAAUGCCACGGCACCUCGGGGAGCUGCCAGCUGAAGACGUGUUGGCAGGUGACGCCCGAGUUUCGCCUGGUGGGAUCCCUGCUGAAGGACCGCUUCUACGGGGCCACCCUCAUCCGGCCCCACAACCGCAAUGCUGGGCAGCUGGAGCCUGGCCACGCUCGGCAUCGCCGCCGGGCUGGCAUCAGUGAGCUGGUUUACUUUGAGAAGUCACCCGACUUCUGUGAGCGAGAACCAGCCCUGGACUCUUUAGGCACCCAAGGGCGCCUGUGCAACAAGACCAGCCCAGGCAUGGACAACUGCGAGAGCCUGUGCUGUGGCCGCGGGCACAACAUCCUGCGGCAGACGCGCAGCGAGCGCUGCAACUGCAAGUUCCACUGGUGCUGCUUUGUGGCCUGCGAGGAGUGUCGCAUCACCGAGUGGGUCAGCGUCUGCAAGUAGCCGGGCAGGGAUGGGUGCCCGCCCCAGGGUGCCAGGGACAAGCACGCCUGCCCGCAGGGGGGGAGGGAGAUGGGGAUCAACGCUGGGGGGGGAGAUGGAGCUGCGGUACCUGCUUCCCUCCGCUCUGAGGGGAGCGGGAGAGGAGAUGCUCGGCACCCUCCAAAAUCAGCACUUUGUUGUCACCCGGGGAGGGCAGGGCUGCAAGCUGCCUGCUGCCUGCCCAGCCCCACACGAGAGCACCAAAGCUCCUGGCCCCAGGGAGCACACGGCCAUGCUGUACAGACCGCCGACACCAGCACCGCUCAGGGGGGCGGAGGGUGGGCACAGGGGUGGGGGAGCACCCGCUGGCACCCAGCGGGACAGGGCGGGGUGGGGUGGGGGACAGCAGGGCAUGGGGACCCCAGGGUGGGAGGGGAGGGGACACACACACUGGCACCGUGCACAGGUUCCUCCAGCCACAUACAAGGCCGUGCUUUGAGCGGAAUGGGGAUGGAGCAUCCUGUGGGAUGGAGACGGGGCACAGCUGCCCGGGCUGGGAUUCGCCUCUGCUGGGGCAGAGCUUGGGCCGGCUUUGGCUGUAGCAUUGUGGCAGAGGGGAGAGUGCCCAGGGCUGUGCUGUGCGUGCCUGUGUUAUUGUAUGGUAAGUUAUUUUCUGAUUGUGAAUAAAAGUGGAUUGGAGACAGUA